CGCGACCAGAUGCUCCCUCCGCGACGCGGCCGAAUCUCACCUUUCUCCUUUCUUUUUCUCUUGUCGUUAUUUUACUCGCGUUUGACGGCCGUGUGCGCGAUUCGAGAAUCGUCCCGCCGAUCAAUGUUGACUAUUAUCUGAAUCAUUUAAUCCAAGGGACGGAGACGCAGGGGGUCUCGCGACACCGAGAACCGAAGUUAGGUUAGGGACUGCCUGCUGUCAUCGCCACGAGCCACGAUGGACCUGGCCAAAAUGUCGAACGAGAAGAAAUUGCACCUCUGCAAGUGGUAUUUUCGCGCUGGUUUUGCGCUUCUGCCAUUCCUGUGGGCCGUGAACGCGGUUUGGUUCUCGAAGGAGGCUUUCGUAGCACCAUCUUACGAGGAACAGAAACAAAUUAAGAAAUAUGUAAUUUUCUCUGCUAUUGGCGCAAUCAUUUGGACAGCUGCUUUGGUGGCUUGGAUAAUCAUCUUCCAAACCCAAAGAGCUGCGUGGGGUGACUUCGCCGAUGCUAUCAGCUACAUAAUUCCCACUGGUAUUCCUUAAGUUUAAUGUUUAAGUUUACAUCGGUACAGAAUAAUUUAUUACAGAAAUAUGUAUAGUAAACGAUUGUAUAUUAAACUGUAUAUUUUUAUCGUAAUAUAAUUAUAAAUUCGUAUGGUAA